AUUCUCUCUCAAAACCCAGAAACAGAAACCUCAACAAAUCAACAACAAUGGCGCUCCCUCACUCUCCUUCCCCUUCCUCCUCCUAACUCUCUUCCUCCCUCCGUCCCUCUAUAUACCAACACAUGGGAAUAACAAUUAUGAUGAGCAUCUCAUCUCAUUCAAACAAGCUUCACCAAUUGAAAUCAUAUACUAAUUGGAAACGAGAACCAAAUCAUAUACUUUUAGAAAGACAAAGUAAACUUACAUAAUUCAAUGGCUACCGCAGAGGGGCACUGGUCGCCGUUCUGGAAUGGCGCCGGCAGACUGCUGGCUGCGAAUGGCGCCGGCAAGCAGAGGAGGCCAAGGCGAGGUCGCGGGCUCACGGCGGCUGAAGGAAUGGGAUGGCUGGUGGGCGGCGGCGAUGGCGGAGGGUCUCGACUCUCGCGAUGGCAGGCGGCAGCGGGAGGCGGUGCCGGGAGGAGGCUCUCAACUCUCGGCUCUCGCGAUGCUGCAGAAGAGAAUGAGAGAUUGAGGGUCUGCUUGCUUGAGGUGGGACUAGUCGUGCCGGUUAGCCGGCGGUUAUCACCGUCGGUUAGCCGGUUAACUGGCACGGCCAGCCCCGCUACCGCCAACCUCCCGCAACCUCUUUUUUGAUUAUCCGGUUAACCAAUAACCGAAUGGCCAGCCUUAAUAGCCAUUGAGGUAUAUAUAGGCUCGAGAGGGAGCUCAUAAAUGCGUUUUUUUUUU